AUGGUCUCCAAUUUUGCCAAGCUCUUCGCCGCGGCGGGUGUGCCGCUGGCUGCUGCGAGCCGCUACACAAACUUCACGACCUCGGCCAUGAUCCCCUGGGCUGGUGCCGACUCGUCCGGAGUCGACUGGGAGUCGCCCGUGUACCUCUCGUUCCGCGUCGGCUCGCCAUCGGGACGGCGGUUCACGCCCCUAGCCGACACAGGCAGCCAGGGCAUCGUGUUACCGGCCAAGUACGUGGGCUACGACUUCAACCGCGGAUGCGCGGAGCAGGGCGGCCAGCCCGGCGACGAGUACCUGUCGAGCAGCCGCGUGUACUACGAGGGGUGCUGGGUGUCGCGGACCCUGUUCUUCAACGCCGACGCGCGAAACCACACGCUGCACCCGGUCGUCGAGACGCACGCCACGCUCCUCGCCAUGGUCGACUGUUCGCGCUGCCUCGACUACGACGCCACGCGCACACCGCACUGCCUCGACAAGCGCGACACGCGCAUCAACAGCACGGGCGUCGCCAUGCUCGGCAUCGGCUUCGGCCGCGAGUCGAGCGCCGCCUCGCAAGCCACGCCCGACAAGAACCCGCUGCGCAACGUCGCCGCCAUCGCCGGGUUGCCCGUGUCCAACACCUCAUUCAACGCCGGCUACGUGCUCGACAGCCGCGGCGCCGCGCUCGGGCUGACGGAUGCCAACACGGCCGGCGCGGCCUUCUACGCGCUGCAGCCCGUGCCGUACCCUGGCGUGGCUGACUGGAUGGGCCCGCGCGCGUGCAUCGUCGUCAACGACACCACGCCGGCGUGUGGUAACGCCCUGCUCGACACGGGCCUCAACCAGAGCUACGUCAGCCUGCCCAAUGGCACGCUGCCGAAACCGAUCGCGAAGCUGCCCGACGGCAGCAGGGUGCAGAUCGCGUUUGGUGAGCCCGGGCUGCCGCCGGUCGCCGUCGAGGAGUUUGUCGUUGGCACGCCGUCGGUGCCCAACGUCAACCCGUGGCAUGUCAGUGUCGCGCUGCGCACGCCGACGUUUGUGAAUACCGGGCGGUUCUUUUAUCGUGGGUUUUCCGUGGUUUUUGAUGAUGUGCAUGGCUGUUUCGGGCUGAAGAAGGUUGAGUCGGAUGGCGUGGGCGAGAAUGAGGGUCAGAAGUUGGUUGUUCAGGAUGAUUUGUGA